AUGCUUUCACUACCAUUAAUUAAGAAUUUUAAAACAAUUACGCGUCCAAUAUUAAACUCUUUUGCAGGGAAAUUUACUAAUAAUGCUUCUACGCCUCCAUUACCCUCGCCUUUUUUAGCCACCUAUAAACGGUAUAAACAUUCUCACACACAAAUUUCCACACCUUUUCAUAGUCCACCUUAUGCAACUUAUUCUCCAGAACUUCCAAUAUCAAAACCGGAGGAAGGGAACAGAAGUCCAACUGCUGGAAGAACUGUUACAGUGUCUGGAAAUCCUACUGCUGGUUACAGGAGAUUAUGGGCGAUUUUGAAUUCUAAUAAGAUUCGUAAAGAGGUUCGUCGAAAUAGAUAUUAUGAGAAACCUACUGCCAAAAGAAAGAGAAUAAGGUGGGAAAUUGCCGAAGUUCGUUUUAAAGAAGCAGUAAGAAAGAAAGUUUGGUUAGUUCUUCAGAUGAAAAACAGGUCAGUAGUUCAUUGA